CUUGCUAAAACUUCGCUGGUGUCGCAAAGGCUGUGAUCUGUGAUCUUGCUCUAGGCCCCGCCCCCACCCCAUCCCCCCACGCCAUGCGGCUGCUGUGGCCACGUCCGGACGUGAGCCUCCUCCUCCUGGCCUUGGCCGCCUUGCUGCUGCUCCUGACCCGAGAGUCGCCUCCCAGCUGCCCCACCCCCGAGAGGCCCACGGAGCCUGAGGAUGACCCCACGUGGGCCCUGGGCCCCUCGCGCGCGGACCCCUCCCCGUGCCGGGCCAAUCUGUCGGUGUCCGCGCACCCUGACUUCGCUGGGCUGCCCUCGCACGUGCGCGACUUUCUGCUCUACCGCCACUGCCGCGACUUCCCGGUGCUCAGGGAGCCGCGGGCGACCAAGUGCGCGCGGCCCGUGUUCCUGCUGCUCGCCAUCAAGUCGUCGCCUGCAAACUACGGGCGCCGCCAGGUGCUGCGCACGACGUGGGCGCGCGAGAGACGGGUGCGUGGGGCGCCGCUGCGCCGCCUCUUCCUCGUGGGCUCAGACCGCGACCCCCAGCAGGCGCACAAAUUCAACCGACUGCUGGAGCUGGAGGCGCAGACAUACGACGACAUUCUCCAGUGGGAUUUCCAUGACUCCUUCUUUAACCUGACGCUUAAGCAGGUUCUUUUCCUGGAGUGGCAGCGAACCCGCUGUACCAACGCCAGCUUCGUGCUCAACGGCGACGACGACGUGUUCGCGCACACGGACAACAUGGUCACCUACCUGCAGGGCCACGACCCGGACCAACACCUCUUCGUGGGGCACCUGAUCCAGAAUGUGGGUCCCAUCCGGGUGCCUUGGAGCAAGUAUUUCGUUCCGGCGCUGGUGACAGCCGAAGACAGCUACCCGCCCUACUGUGGCGGCGGCGGAUUCCUGCUAUCGCGCUUUACCAUGGCCGCCCUACGUCGCGCCGCGCGUGUCCUCCCCAUAUUCCCCAUCGACGACGUGUUCCUGGGCAUGUGUCUGCAGCGACAGGGACUGGCGCCCGGGGCGCACAGCGGAGUGCGCACGGCGGGAGUGUUCCCCCCUAGCCCACGUGUGUCAUCCUUCGACCCCUGCUUCUACCGCGGCCUGCUCCUCGUGCACCGCUUCCUGCCCUUUGAGAUGCUGCUGAUGUGGGAUGCGCUGAGACAGCCCCAGCUCGCCUGCGGCAGGCAGGGCUCCGCCUACUGACAGCUUUGGGGGCGUUGACACACCCCCACCCCCACCCUCGCUCCUGUCCUAACCCCUGUGCAAAGGAAGAGAGGUUCAAAGUCAGGAGCAGCGAGGUGGGCCCCGAGGAGUUAACAGGGAGAGCUCCUAACGAAGCGUGCUUGGAAACCCUGGGACUGCUCAGGAAGGCGCUCCGAAUCCUGCCAGGUGUGAGCGGCUCUGAGUGGCCGCUAAGCAAGAAGUGCUAUGGGCUUAUGGGUGUCAGGCUCCGGCCUCAGGCUGGGCCUUGGCCUCUCUCAGACCCCCAAGGAAUUGGGGCAGAGGAACAAGGUGGAUUUCAAACUGAGGCGCUCAGAGAUCUUGACUUGACCCCUACUAGUGCAGAGUCCUUGUACAGAGGAAUGGUAGGGCAUGAAGUCCAUAGAAGACUGAAGGUGGCGGCUCACAGUGCGUGCGGGCGGGUAUGAUAAAGCUCGGGGCUCUGCUACCUUUUAAUUUUUAUCUAUUUACGAAGGGGGCCGGUCCUGCGUUCCUCUGUGUGGCUCCUGGGGCUUGAAGUCUGAUCUCCAGGCUUGGUAGUAAGUGUCUCCACUCGCUGAGCCCUCUUGCCAGCCCAGCGCCUUUUUAGUUUUCAUCACUACUCACAUUUUAGCGCCAUCUGCUCUACCCCACCUCUCUUUGAUCUUCAAUAGUAACUCAAAAAAAAAAAAAUCAAACAUCAUUGUAACGUGUUCACAGCUACAGUGUGGCUGUGAGUGGCUCCACUCCCCCCUUGCUCCCUCCUCUGUAGCUACUUUGUGUGUUCUUUUUCUUCCAACAUUGCAAAGCCCCUAACACCAGAUAGGAGAGAGAAAAAGGAGAGAGGGAGGAAAAGAGACCCCUGAAUAGAGUCUUCGGGCUCCCUGCUGGAACACUUCCUGCUGAACCCUUGGGGCAAGCUUUGAUCUUUGCUGUCAGAAUAUCGAAUUUCUUCUUGCCUUUGUUUCUUCUUCAAGGAUAACUACUUAAAAAACCUCGACCAACAAGAACAACCCACCUUCGGGGUCCUAGCAUUUAUAUACCCUCUAAUGAGUCCCCAGAAUUCCAAACAUCACACAAUUGCAUAAACUAUCUGCAACUGCAAAAUCAC